AUGAGAAGGUAUGUAUUUGGCCUUGGCUCAUUACAAGUAUUAACUACUGCUAUAAUAGUUGCUGCAGCUGUGGUGUUAAUUAAUGGUAAUAGUAACGCCUCUAUUAUUAUCGGUGGGGGGCUUGCCUUAUCCUCCACUGCGCUUGUAAUGCAAGUGAUAGAAGAAAGUCGGAGCCAAUCAACUCAACACGGACGUAUUGCUUUAUCAGUAUUACUAUUACAAGAUUUAGCAGUGGUACCGCUACUGGUUAUUGUACCCUUACUCGCAGGAAACAGCAAAGCUUCAUUACUUUCAGCUUUAGGCAUAGCCUUAGUGAAGGCAAUUAUUGCGCUACUAACAAUCUUUAUAGCUGGAAGGUUAUUAUUAAGGCCAUUAUUUGCUUUAAUUUCUUCAGAUAAUGGAGAUAUCAAUGAGCUGCCUAUCUCUAUGACUUUAUUAAUAGUCUUAUCUGCCGCUUGGGCUACUGAAUAUUUUGGUUUAUCUCUUGCUCUAGGAGCAUUUGUUGCCGGGGUUUUAGUGGCAGAAACAGAAUUUCGUACGCAAGCUGAAGAAAGUAUUUACCCAUUUAAAAGUUUAUUACUUGGAUUAUUUUUUAUGACAGUAGGAAUGAAAAUUGAUGCAUAUGAAAUAUAUGCCCAAAUUUCCACUAUUCUUACCUGUUCCUUAGCUUUAAUUAUAGUAAAAACCUUAAUUAUUACUGCCUUGUGUAUUUUAUUCGGUUUUAAUAAGGGAGUUGCUUUACAUGCUGGCUUAUUAUUAUCACAAGGAGGAGAGUUUGCUUUUAUCUUAUUUGGGUUGGGCAAAGAAACAGGUAUCCUUGAAGAAAAUAUAGCAAAUAUUCUGCUAUUAACAGUAACUUGUACUAUGGCUUUAACUCCUUUAUUAGCAAUGCUUGGCAAGAAACUCUCGGAAAGGCUAGAUAAAGGUUUAGGUAAAACAUCUCUCCAAAUUAUAGAGCUAGGAGCAAGAGAUUUAACCAAUCACAUAAUAAUUGCAGGUUUUGGUAGUGUAGGUAAAAUGAUUGCUUUAGUACUAGAAGCUGAAGGCAUUAAUUAUAUAGCUCUAGAUGUAAAUGAUGACAUUGUGAAAGAAGAAACGGCUAAUGGCUUUCCUGUCUUUAAAGGAGAUGUCUCGCAGAUUGAUACAUUAAAAGCUGUAGGAGCUGAAAGGAUUUUAGCCUUAGCUCUAACAAUGAAUAAUCAUAUCACUAUUAAAAAAUCUCUCAAGACUAUCACAAGCUAUUUUCCUGACCUUGAAGUUAUCGUGCGGUUGAAAAAUUUACAAAAUGCUAGAGAAUUUUAUGAUGCGGGCGCCACUACUAUUAUACCAGAAAAUUAUGAAACUGGCUUGCAGUUAGGGGGAACAAUUUUAAAGUUUAUUGGUAUUAGCGAAUAUGAGAUCAAUCGCAUUAAAGGGCAAUUUAGGUCUGGUAAUUAUGUAAUAGCUAAACGAGAUGAUGCGUUAAGCGCCUUAGAAGAAAAUGAAUCUGAAACAUAUUAA